AUCCUCGAGCCUAGAGCAAAGAAAGUACCCGGAACGGCGAAUGUAUUGGAUCAAGAAUGGAAAUGGGAUCCGACGUUGAAACGAGACAAGACUGGCAACAUCAUCCUUGUGCCACAACCCAGUGAAGAUCCGAACGAUCCUCUGAUUGCCGCANNGAACUGGCCCUUAUGGCAAAGAGAUCUGAUGCUACUGCUCCUUUGUGUCGUCGCCGCCAUUGCAACAACAGCAUCACCAUUAGUCGCUGCCAACUCAGUCGUCCUGGCUGUUGUUUUCAAAGUCAAGUUUCAGGAAGCUGCACUAUUGACCGCAUAUCACCUUUGCGGUGUUGGUGUUGCCAGCUGGCUAUUCGUGCCGCUAGCCAGGGUAUGGGGAAAACGACAUGUCUUCCUUUUCGGUGCUCUGCUCAUGGUCGCAUCAUCAGCUUGGGGUGGCUCGACACAGAAGAACUUGAAUUACAAGAGUCUCAUCUGGGCGAGGAUCUUUCAAGGCAUCGCACUGGCACCCUUUGAGUCGCUGGUCAACGAUGUGGUUGGCGACUUGUAUUUUGUACACGAACGAGGCUUUCGCAUGGCAUUCACCAAUGUCUGUUUAUUCGGAGCUGCUUUCCUGACACCAGUCUGUGUCGGCUUCAUAACAACCGACAACUCACUCGGCUGGCAAUGGUCCUUCUACUUCCUCUCAAUCUUCAUGGGCGCCGGCUUCAUCCUCCUCUUCCUCUUUCUCCCAGAAACAGCAUACCAACGACCUCGCUACCUCCAACUCGACAUUGACGUCGGCCCAGUCACNCCCCACGACCCCAUCCCGCCACCGUCAAAAUACUCUUUUCUGUAUCGCCUUUCUCCCUUUAGUGGCCGCAAAACAGACGAAAGCUUUGUAAAGUUGCUGUUUCGGCCCUUUCCGCUGUUUUUGCAACCAGCAGUGGCUUGGGGUUGUCUGAUGCAAGGCGUGAUUAUUGGCUGGACAGUCAUUGUUGGCGUGAUCCUCGCGCUGAUCUUUCUGGGUCCACCGCUAUUCUUUACAGAAGAGCAGGCAGGNAAAAUGUACACUGCAGCGUUCAUCGGCUCGGUGAUUGGACUUGUGCUCGCAGGCAUAUACACCGAAUACGUUACUCGCUUCCUCAUCCUCCGCAACAAUGGCCAAUAUGAGCCAGAAUUCCGGAUCGCGCUGGUAAUUCCCACGCUCCUGUUUUCCGGCGUCGGACUCUACGGAUUCGGCAUCGCAGCCUCAGAUAUCGAGAAAUAUGGCUGGAUAGUGGUGGAAGUGUUCUUGGCCUGCAUAACCAUUUCCAUGGUCAUGGGUGCUACAGCUUCUGCUCAAUACCUCCUAGAUGCCCAUCGCGAUAUCGCCAUUGAAACCUUUACUUGCUUGAUUAUAUUCAAGAAUUUGUUUUCGUUUGUGUUGGCUUAUUAUGCUUAUUCGUGGGUGUUGGAAAAGGGGUUUCAGCGUAUGUUUGUGGUGUUUGGAAGUAUUGAGGUGGGGAUCUGUUUGCUGGGGAUUCCCAUGUAUGUGUUGGGGAAGAGGAAUAGGGAGUUCUUUUACCGGCAUGAUAUUCUCAAGUUGGCGAGGUUGAGG